GGUAGAUCCGCAGGCAGACCUUGCAGUCCGUGCUGCACCAUUAUGUAACAGCGGGAUCAAGACCAUAACCUCAUUUAUAUGCCUCUCGCUUCAGUCGUGACAGACAAGCAGAGCUGGAUCCAUGCUGGGCUGUUGGCAGUGUAGUUAUUUCAGCUGGUGUUGUUCUGAGGGAAGCAAUGAGACUGAAACUUCUGCGCCUUCAGGCUGGAUCUUUCCACUCUUUAACAACCAUAUGCCGACACCAAACCUUUAAUAAAACUGGACCUCCACUGCUAAAGCUGCGUAACGAAAUUGACAGGACAGCAAGGAAUUCGUUUGCUCUGAAAACUGCUUCCUCUUGUUUGACAAGUCGAUGUGUGCAAGUGAAGAAUUGGCAACUGAUCCAAGGAAAUGUAUCGGCUUUGGGAAAAAAUGUGCAUUAUCAGAGCAGGGAGAUGUUUUUUCCACCCUGGAAACGUUUUGGUAUGGCAGCAAUGGAAAACUACAGGCUCAAUAUGGAGCAUUUUAAAAAGCUUCGGAACAUAUCACCAAGAUUUUACUCGAUUGUAGCAGCUUCUAAAAUUAUUCCAAAACACAGUAACCAGCCAGUUAAGAGGCCACCAAAGGCGCCGAGGACCAAGCAGCCAUCCAGAGCUAACCAGCCACUACCGUCAGACAUGGAGAAUCUGAUGCAGUGCACAGCCUUUGCAACAGCAGAUGAGUAUCAUCUUGGUAAUCUGUGCCAUGACCUGACUUCACAUGGAUAUGUUGAAAUAACAAGUUUGCCUAGAGAUGCUGCAAAUGUUUUGGUGAUUGGUACUGAGAAAUCUGCAAAAGAUGAUGAUGCUGGCAUGAUUUUUUUCUUCAGGGAAGGGGCUGUUGUGUUUUGGAAUGUGGAAGAGAAAAGUAUGAAGAAUAUAAUGCGAGUGCUAGAACAGCAUGAAAUUCAGCCAUAUGAAGUUGCACUAGUCCAUUGGGAGAAUGAAGAGAUGAACUAUAGAAUAGGAGAAGGGCAGUCAAAGCUUCAUAAGGGAGAAAUCUUGUUAAAUUCUGAGCUGGAUAUUGAUGAAGUUGUUCUGCAGAAAUUUGCCUUUUCAAAUGCCCUUUGUCUUUCUGUAAAACUGGCUAUCUGGGAAUCAUUAUUGGACAAUUUUGUGGAAUCAAUCCAGUCAAUUCCUGAGAUACUAAAAUCAGGAAGGAAGGUAAAACUGUCUCAUGCAGAUGUGAUGCAGAAAAUUGGAGAACUCUUUGCAUUAAGACACCGCAUAAAUCUGAGUUCCGACCUGCUAAUAACACCUGACUUCUACUGGGAUAGAGAAAAACUGGAAGAGCUUUAUGACAAAACUUGCCAGUUUCUCAACAUUAAUCGCAGAGUCAAGGUAAUGAAUGAAAAGCUUCAACACUGCAUGGAGUUGACAGACCUAAUGCGAAAUCACCUGAAUGAAAAACAUGCUCUGCGCCUUGAGUGGAUGAUAGUAAUACUCAUCACCAUAGAGGUUUUGUUUGAACUUGCAAGGGUAGUUUUCUGACCACAGAUGAAACUCUGGAAGAAAACUGACAAACCAAUAAAGACCAUGUGGCCAAGAAAAUGCUUCUAGAAAAUAGUGGAGUUGUCCCUCUUGAUAAAUAUGUACAUAUUCUGCUGAAAUAAAAAACAAAUCUGUGAACAUUAUCCCCAACUGCUGUAAUAGUGGUGUUAAAGAAGUCAAUCUGUGGAUGUGCUCAGGUAAAGCUGACAUACAAAUGACACAUUCUAGUGGUUAGGCUGGAUGCAGGGAGCUAGCAUUUUGCUCCUUACUGAACAGGGACAAAAGGAUGGAUCACUUCAGUGCUGACCUUAUUAAUUUGCUGAGCUACCUGGCAUGACUUUAAUACACCUGGCAGGUUGGGGUGGUUUGUUUUUUUUUUAAUGAUGUUAUGUUCUUUCCCUGUCGCUACAAGGUAUUUGUAUAGUUGCAUGCACAUACAGUUUAGGAACUAGUUGGACUUUAUCUGAGCUCACAGGAAGCUGUAGCAGAACAAGAAACUAAAGCUCACAAAGUUUCGCUGUAACUGUGCUAUCCCCCUUAUGUUAUCUGAUUAUUAACAGUACAGAUUAC